AUGGAGGAAGGACAGUUACUCUUGAAAACACUUGCCGAGGCGAACCAACUUUAUUACGAAAAAUCCGAGUGUCUGCAAAAUGCCGAAGAAGAAUUCCAAGCUAUUCAAGAAUUGGCUGUCAUGGAGCGCUACUCGCCCUUGCGAAGGGAACAACUGCAUCAGUUCCGAACGAACAGAGACUUCUGCUACAAUGAUACUCGCUUGCAUUUACAGCAACUCCGCGAUGCCCGAAUGCGCUUCAAAGAAUUUUUGGCUCGCAACCCUCAAUUGGUUAGUUUUCUUUUUAUGAGCUAGUCUGAAUAUAUUUGUAGAAGUCCGAUUACAUUUAUCGUUCGAUGGAGAGACUAGAAGCGGAUUACGUCGCGCAAAGAAGAGUUUCUACGGAAGCGACUGCGCAACCGGAACCAGAAAGGGAGCUGGUGGAACUGAGACCGGGGCUGGAAGUUCGACGAGAGCCGUCCGUGCCGCUUCAGCUCCAGCAGCAAGUUGGGGAAAAUCGUCAGCUGGAGGUUUGCGAUUAUAAUCGACACUUCGGUAAUUCCUUUUCUAUUGAAUAAUUAUGGAAUUUUUUGUGGACCCAAACAGGAACUUGAAAAUUCGCUUUUUUUUCUAUGGUAAUUUUGCUUUGAAGUUUUGUAUCAGAAAAAUUAAAGAAUGAAUGAGUCUUCUGGAAAAACAGAAUGUUUCGAGGCAAAAAAAUGUCUCCCGACCAAGAAUAAUUUUUCAGAAUGAAGACUUGGUGCCUCACGACGAUCCGAACGUUGGCGAGGAACCUGCAACGGCGAGCAACACUGAGAACGAGGUAAAAAUUCCAGAGAUUAUUCAGUAAGGGCUCAAAAGACUUUGAAGAAGUUGCUGCAAUGAGAGCUGAAUUAUCCAAAAUCUUUUCUCUACUUUUUCUAGAGGAAAAAAAAAGUUCGAGCCCUUUCGAGAUUUCAUAAGCCUGCUCAAAAGCGGGAAAACUCAUUUUGCUGUAAUCAGGAGCUUUGUAAAUUCCUAAGCAAAUCUUUUUCAGUUCCAAAAUUAGUUCUAUCUGUACUUUACUUGUGAAAAAUUCCAAUCAGUAAUAAAAGCAUGAAAAUAUCAUAUUACAGACUGAUGAGCCUGAGAAUCGCGACGAGGGUUCUGAAACGAGAAAGUGGAUACGUCGUGGUCCGAACGGGCGGCUCGAAUCGUUCUAAUCAUGAUUGCCGUUUUAGGCUUUAAAAUUGUCGCUUUUUAUAUUUGCUGAGAAUGAUCAAACUUCAUUUUUAUUCAACUUUUCGCAUUUUUUUCAAGAUAUGGAUUGGUUUUUUUCUAAUAGACCAGUUUUUCUCGAUCUGCUUCGUUUUCUGAUUCCUGAUCUUUUUCAUGCGUUCACCGUAUUUUCAAACAUUUUUUUUUCUGUUUCUGAAUUGGUCUUCUGAAUAACCCACCAAAUUUUGUUUUACUUUUAUCUUCAUUCCAUAUAUAAUCAAUUAUCAAAAAAUCUGAUUUCCUCAAUGACCCGCUGAAAAAUAAAAAAAUAACACAGCUGUAUUGUUGCUAAUUUUGUGAACGUACAAGUUGAGACGAAUAAAAAGGAAGUUACCAAAACAUUUAAGGUUUCGUUAAAACGACGUUAGCCAAGGAAUCAUUUUUAAAAGCAAAAAGUUUCUGUGCGGAUUUUGUCACUGUUCGUGGCAAACAUUCAGAAAAGCAUGUUCUCAACAUGUUUGAAUAUUCUCAAAAUAUAACGGAAAGAGGACAAAGCUUGCAAAUUGCAUAAAAUUCAGUUGAGAAUAUUUCUAUAGACAAAUUUUUCAGGUGGUCAUUCAAUAAUUGACGCUUUCCGUCACAAGAAUGGAUGAAUGAAGCUUCCAUCAAUAAAGUUAUUAAGAUUGGCUUUUUCAUGACAAUGUUCAUUGUGUAUUUUAUAAUAAAGACCAAAAACUUCUUGAAACAAAAGUCAAUUCUCCAGAUUUAUGAAUGUUGAGUUUCGCGCAUUGUUUGAAUGGCUGGUCAAAAGUUGACCCGCGAAAGAGUUGCGAGUUCUUCUUUCUUUGGCGCGCACACGUUCAUCGUUCACGGGGUCAGCGCGCCAUCUCUUCCGUUCGAAAUGCUCUGCAACCGGCGUGAACUUUCUUUCCGUCAGCUCUUGUCAGGGCUUUGUUUUGAUUAUGUAGUCCAUCCCGCUACUGCUUGUCACGUUUUUCUAUUCGCAAAAACUAUAUACUGCAAUAGAUAAAAUUGAGACGACUUCGCUUCUAGACCUUUUUUUUUGCUGUUUUGUGAAGCCGAAUAGAAAAAAGUUGUUUUUUGGAAAACCUUUAUUGUGCGCUUUUUUAAAAAUAUGACCGCCUUGCGCAAAACUUUACAAAGCUAAAGAAAACAUAAGACAAAGGUCGUGAAGCAAAACUGGUAAAAUUUGAUCAAACUUGGUAUAGGGUCUUUUUGGAGGAAAGAAAAACGUGUACAUUUGGUGCAAAAUGAGCUUCAUUUUCAAUAAGAUUUGAAAACUUAUUUGAACAAAAGAGUUCCCGUUUUAAUUUGUUCACUUUCGUUCCAAGUACAUGAGACAAUUUUUUAGAAAUCGAUAAGCAUACUUUGAAACGUUUGCAUUUGAAAGUUGUUUGUGGGAUUUGAUUUUUCCCACGGACCUUUCCCAUUGAUCAAGCGUUUUCUUUGGGCAACGGGCAUUGUCCUUUUCAAACAAGCGGCCGGCGGAUACUCUUUGUUCGAAUUGAUUUCCGAAUUGUCAUCUUUCCAUUCUCUUUUCGCAUUCACCUUCUCGCAAAUUUGUUUUCCAGUUGCUCAAAACAAUCUCGUUCACCCCCACAUGUGAUGAAGUAGAUUGUCAGAACUUUUGAACUGUAUCGUUUUUUGAAUGUGCAUUUUGUGCACUUUUUUGCCUUAACAAGGUGACACAACGACGCGGUUUGACAAUUUGAUAAUCUCUCUCCGUACAUGUUCGAUUUCUAGCCGUUUUUCCGAAGGUUCGAAUUCUCGAUUCAUGAAAACUCCUUCAGGCACUGUAAGAAUCUCGUGAUGUCGGUCGAGGAAGCUCUGGAACAGGGACGUCUUUUGACUGAAGCUCUCAUGCGAGUCGAGCGAAACUACAGACGCAGCAGCCAAAAUGUGGCUGAUCUUGACAGACGUGUGGAAUCGGCUACAAUUGUGGCUGUAACGACGCGUUUGACGUCUCGAAGGCACCGGCUCCGGCGCAUAAUUAUCAUGAGAGACGCCUGCCACGACGAAUGUCUCCAACUUCGGCGAGAAGUUACCAAUGCUCUGGACAGCCUCAACGACUUUGUAUCUUCACACCAACAUUUGGUUCGUUUUCUUGUUCAAUCUUUCGAAUUUGUGUCCAAAAACAUACGAAAACUCUUUUUUGUUGCUUUUUUGUAUGGAGCCCAUUACCCCUGAAACUUCGGAAUGUUUGAUAGCUGACCUUCGUAACGUCUGAUUUAAAUAGUCCGUUGGAAAAAACUCGAGUUUCAGGAAAAUUAAGCUCAACACGAGAAAUUUUUGAGAAGAAACCAAUCGAUUUUUUGCAGGGUCAUGAUUUUCUCUUUGGAAUGCUAGAAUUGCGUCGUCCCAUGGUGGAGCUGGAUGAUGAUAUGGAGGAAGCGCAGGUGCAGCCUAACCCCGAAGAUCUGGAACCGGAGGAGCCGACGCUGGAGGCCGAGAACAUUGAAGCGGAUCUCGACGUUUCCCAGCAGAAUGAUCCACAGCCACACGGAGAAGCGAAUCAAGAUGUUCAGCCGCCACAUGAGGUACAUUUUUGGAAGCAACCUAUUAAAGAAACUAGGUUUAAAAAAAAAUUUUUUUCAUCUUACAAAUGUUUUUUUGAUUUGCUUUGUAAAAAGAACUGGGAAUAACUUUCAUAUGUUCUUUUUGACUUAUUUGAAGUUUUUUGGAAAAAAUAUCAGAGUUUUUCAUUCAAAAAAUGAAAUUUCCAGUUGACCCUGAAAAUUCAUGAAAGUUUUUUUCAAACUACAAAACCAAAUCAGAGUUAAUAAUUAUUUUUUUGAUCUUUCAGACUGAUCCAUCGAUGACUCAAAGUACAACGGACGUUUCCACUGCAACUGGAACUGCCGGUUUUGAAUUUGACUUCGCUACUUCUGAGGACAUCAUCCCUGCUUCUGAGGUCCCUGACGCUAUUUUUGAAGUAACCGUUGUUACUUCUGAAUCUGCGGUUAACACUUAUGAGGAGGUACACUUUCAUUAUAACUUCAAUUUGAAAAAUUUGCAGUUAAAUUUAGUUUUUGUAGAACGCUCCAUCAAUUCUCAUAUCCACCAAAAAUGCUUAUAACUGUCUAGUAAUCCUUUGAUUUUUCAUGUUUCAGGUCAAUAAUACGAAGAGCCUCGAUGAAGCGGGAGAUACCAACCCAGCCGUAGGAGAGAGGAUGGAGGUUCCAGAGGAACGAGGCGGAUUGUCCGACUGCGAGAAUGUGGCUCCGCCAAAGGGCGACCCCUCAACCUGA